CAAGUCCCAGGUUACCUUGCGCGGGUGACGUCACUGUGUGUGAAACUAGGGUGGGGGUCUGUACAUAGGGGAGACAGGGACAGCAGGCCCCGUGCGAAGAUCACCUCAUGCCCUGCAACAGGCUUGUAGGCAAUUCGCAGCAGUAGCAUGGUGGCGCAGCUGCCAUAGCCUGGCAUUGGGGCAGGCUGCGGGCUCCACAUGCUGCAGGUUUGGGAGGAUGUAGCAUGAACCAUCCUCUGGGUCAGCAGAUGUGUUACAGGGGGAGACAUCAGCAUUCUGCAUUAAGGCUCAGGGAUUGUGAUGGGAAUAUGGUCUCUCAGUCCUAGCUGUGCAGCAAUGCAGCAUUUAUUUCCACACUAAUAAUGUACAUAUGCCUCAUGGUGGAUGAUUACUGCUGGACAUUGCAUAGCUCCUUCCCAUAGGGCAUAGGUCUGUAUGUAAGGUUACUUGGCUGCUGCUGCUGACACAGAAUCCCGCUGCUACAGUUAAGUACAGCAGCACUUUAUAAGCACACACUGAAGAGACCGCCUGCUGCUAUAUGUGUAUGUGUCUUACAUUCUGGUGCUGGGCAGACAUAUUUUUCAGGUUCAUUAUAAAAUAGGGACAUGUAAGGGUAGCAAUAUGGGGUGAGUUGUGGAGCUGGACCCACAGAAGCAUUUACGCACGUAACGUCUGGCUGAUUUUUCGCUGAGCGGAGGAAAACUGACUUCAGAAUGGCCCAUAUCCGAGAUUUCCCAGCACAGGGAUCCAGGAUGGAUCCAGAGCGCCUCUUCACCAAGCUGGAACGCAUUGGGAAGGGCUCGUUUGGAGAGGUGUAUAAAGGGAUAGAGAACAGCAGCAAAGAAGUGGUGGCCAUCAAGAUCAUAGACCUGGAGGAGGCAGAAGAUGAGAUUGAAGACAUUCAGCAAGAAAUCACAGUUUUGAGCCAAUGUGACAGUCCUUAUAUUACUCGUUAUUAUGGCUCCUACCUCAAGGGGUCAAAGCUUUGGAUCAUUAUGGAGUAUUUGGGUGGGGGAUCGGCACUAGACUUGUUGAAACCCGGCCCGCUGGAAGAGUCCUAUAUUGCCACAAUGUUACGGGAAAUCCUUAAGGGCCUGGAUUAUUUACACUCUGAACGAAAGAUCCAUCGAGACAUCAAAGCUGCAAAUGUAUUGCUGUCAGAGCAAGGAGACGUGAAGCUAGCUGAUUUUGGGGUAGCAGGUCAGCUGACCGAUACUCAGAUCAAGAGAAACACGUUUGUGGGCACCCCAUUCUGGAUGGCACCAGAAGUCAUCAAGCAGUCCGCCUAUGAUUUUAAGGCAGACAUCUGGUCCUUGGGCAUCACAGCCAUUGAGCUGGCCAAAGGUGAGCCUCCAUACUCUGACCUCCAUCCCAUGAGAGUCUUGUUCCUCAUUCCCAAAAACAACCCUCCAUGUCUGCAAGGCCAUCACAGCAAACCAUUUAAAGAUUUUGUGGAUGCUUGCCUGAACAAAGACCCCCGAUCUAGGCCCACGGCCCGGGAGCUGCUCAAACAUCGCUUCAUUUUGCGUUACACCAAGAAAACCUCCUUCCUUAUGGAACUGGUGGAACGAUACAGGCGCUGGAAGUCCCAGGGCCACCGCGAUGACUCCAGCUCUGACGAGUCUGAUCUGGAUAACGAAGAUGAGAGAAAUCCGAGCCAAACCCCUCACUGGUCAUUUCCAGAAACCAUGAGACCCUCAUCCAUGAGCAGACUGCAGUGGGGAUACCAGCAGGUACAUCCAGCGGAAGUGAUAAAACGACUGCCACGAUCACACUGUUUAUCGGCGCUGGUAACUCCCGUAUUCCAGGAGCUACGAGAGCAGCGCUGUGCCGGAGCAUUCGGGUCUGUGCAAGAACUAGAGAAUGCUUUUAGCUUAGCAGAGGAGUCCAGCCCUGGAAUCACAGACCAGCUUAUCUCUCACCUGGUUCAGCGUGUGCAAAGGUUCUCCUCUGCGUCCUGAGCCAACGCCAUCCUCCUUCACUUCCCCAUGUGUAUUGGGACUGCACUGUGACCAGGAACACUACCAUCAUGGCAUUACUUGUGUGUAUUAUUGUAAUGUACAAACAUGUUUACCAAUAUUUCUCAUCAACCAUCACUUACUGUAUAGAAAUAAACUGACAUUUUAUACAUAAA